UGCCUCCAUCCCUCUCCAAAAUCUUCACUAGCACACAAGCAAAGAGACCCGUACCAGACCCGUACCCUUCGUUCCCAGCACAUCGCGUUCAUUAUCUCAGGUCUUUUUUUUUGUUCUUUUACAUGGCGCAAGGGCUCUGCACGCGGGACGAUACUGGUUCCGGUUCUGGGUGCGAGAAAGCUAACACGGAUUUGGAUAAGCGAGCAUCAGUGACGGGUUUAGAAUACAGCAGUUCCGGCGCCUCCGCCUUCUCGGUCUCCUCUAGCCGGCUCUAUGACGAGUAAUGGUCGGCUCGUUCUGCUGGAUGCUCCCUGCUCUACCCGGAUCGUCGACGGUACCGUACUCAACAGCAGAUUGCCAUUUUCGGAAGAAGCCUUCAAAGAGCUAGGAGAUACAUAUGGAAACUGGGGAUCAGAAUUUUAGGAAAAAGGAUAUAUAGUAGUUCUUUCUUUUAUUCCAUUCUCGUCAUUUAUGUUUAUGAAUUUACUUUGUUCUCGAUUAAUUUUCUCAUUCCAUCGUUGACUUGAUUUGUCAAAUCGAUGUAACAGCUAGCGCGGCCGCAUAUUUAGAUUUACCGUCUUAAUCCUGGACAUUAUUCUUUUGGUUGAUUUUGAACUGGACUAUCCUGGCCAUCCAUCCAUAUCCUAUCUUUUCUGCUCCUGCCCUUAAAUAGAGCUUCCCCUGUCCGUUAUUUUCUCUCUCCGUCUUUCCCUCUUGAUUAGAAUAGACUAGGAUUUGCUCUGCCAUAAGAGAGGACGGUGUGUUUGUUAAGCAAUUUGCAGCUACGUAGGUCAACAGUUGUUGUAACACAUCGAAUUGUUGAGAUAUAUUCAGAUUCAAAGCAAAGCCUUCCAUUACUCCAUCAACUCUCCACCCCUUUAACGCCAAUAAUUUUCAUCUGUAUUUAUCCUCAGUUUCUAACACGUCAAAAUAUACAAACUGCCGACUAUUAGCCUAUGCGCCAAAAUUGACAUAAUUACAAACGAGUAAGCUAUUGUUCGAAACCUCUGUAAGCGUGCUCGCGAUAUUGGCUAAAGAUCAUAUUUAAUAGACGCUAAAUAAACACGACUAUUGCCUUUUCGUUUGAAUUACACGCUAAGGUCAUUAUUAAAGGCCUUGGCAAUUAAUUGCUAAGUGUAUAUUUCUAUAUUAUCUUCAAUUAGCGGCUUUGCAGCGUGAAUGUUCUUGUAAGUUUUAGCUGUAGCACUAGCUGCUGCAUGUCUUACCUUGUUCCUAAAAGAAAAGAACAAACGGUUUAAGUGGGUGAAAUUAUUCUUUGUUGGAGCAGCAUUACAUAAGCAGGGAAAGCGUGCGAAAUUUGCCGUUCCUCUCCAAAAAAUCAGCCAGAAAGGCUCACCUAUUUCUUUCUCUAUCGGUUCUCACCCAAGCGCAACCAUAAGGUUCCUACCGCAUCCACCCCCUUCCCCUUCCUUUCGUUCAAAUAUAUUCCAUUUUUUUAGUUUGGUUUGGUCCCGUAAAUUUUCAAAUAUUUAUUUCCUAUACAUCAAGAGGAAAGGGGGUCCCCCUUUCAUGGAAUGCGGAAACAUGGGUGUGUUUGACCGCGGAGUUCAGAUGUUAUUGACCACGGUGGGCGCGUUCGCUGCCUUCAGUCUCAUGACCAUCGCGGUGGGCACGGACUACUGGCUGUACUCGCGCGGCGUGUGUAAGAUCAAGUCCAACAACGAGAACGAGACCAGCAAGAAGAACGAAGAGGUGAUGACCCAUUCGGGACUGUGGAGGACAUGCUGCUUGGAAGGAAACUUCAAAGGAUUGUGUAAGCAGAUAGAUCACUUUCCAGAAGACACAGAUUAUGAAGCAGAUGCCUCAGAGUACUUCUUACGGGCCGUACGAGCAUCUAGUAUCUUCCCAAUCCUCAGCGUCAUCCUGCUCUUCAUGGGUGGCCUGUGCAUAGCUGCCAGCGAGUUCUACAAGUCCCGCCACAAUAUCAUCCUCAGUGCAGGAAUCCUCUUCGUGUCUGCAGGCCUCAGUAACAUAAUUGGCAUGAUCGUGUACAUAUCAGCCAAUGCGGGGGAUCCCUCAAAGAGCGACUCCAAAAAGAACAGUUACUCGUACGGCUGGAGUUUCUACUUCGGUGCUUUGUCCUUUAUCAUGGCUGAGAUGGUGGGCGUGCUGGCCGUGCAUAUGUUCAUCGACCGGCAUCGGGAGCUGCGGGCGGGUGCUCGAGCCGCGGAUUACCUGCAAGGCUCAGCUAUCGCACGCAUUCCCAGCUACCGGUAUCGUUACCGGCGCCGUUCCCGCUCUUCGUCCCGCUCCACAGAUCCCUCGCACUCCCGCGAUGCCUCGCCGGUGGGAUUGAAGGGUUUCGGAGCACUGCCCUCCACUGAGAUCUCCAUGUACACACUAACCCGUGGGGGAGACACCCUAAAGGCCAGCCAUGGCACCCCCACCACCACCUACAAUUCUGAGAGGGACCACAACUUCCUGCAGGUCCACAACUGCAUUCAGAAGGACCUGAAAGACUCAUCCCACACUAACACAGCCAACCGACGUACCACCCCUGUAUGAGGCACAACUACCCCCCAUACAGAUAGCGGGGAGAGGGAGACAGGAGCAUGGAGCAGGGCAGAGGGGUUGAGGCCCAGAAUAUUACAGAUCAAACAUCAUGUACCAUGCGUUUUCAUGCUUCAUAGGAAACGGGAGGGUUUUUACUUUUCAAAGACUACCUAUGUAUGCAUGAUUUUGCCAUUUACCAUUGACAUUUAAAUGAGUCUGGUUUAAAAAAUGGAGAGAGGUUUUAAGUAAGUGACAGAGAAAGACAUGCAGAAGGGUUGUUUCGGCCUGUGACAUGGGAACUGUAGCUUGUGAUGUUGAUUUGUGAUGUUUCUUUAAGAUUUUACCACAAGUAACUUGCUCCCUCGUAGUCUUUUUCACCUCUCCAUUCAUCAGAUUUAUUUCUUAUUUGCAUAAAAACUGAACAAUUGCAGGAGGGUAUUCACUAAGAAAUAACCCAGUCUGCAAUCUCUUACAAAAGGUACAAUAUACAUACAUAUAGUAUAUAUAUGUAUGUAUUAAUUUUAUAUAUUAAUUAACAUUAGAAUCAACCCUUUUUUCAGAGGCCAAAAAAAAAAAAAUAGAAUCAUGAAGAUACAAGGAAAGAAAAGCCAAAACGCUGUUAGCCGGGUGAUGAUCUGUUGGAAUAGAGACUCUCUGAGCGACUGUGGACGAUGGAUGAGAUCACAGAAAAUCUUUGCUGCAAAGCUGCUGUUACACAAGACUGACAAAGACAUUAAAUCUUGGAGAAAAUGUUAUUCUUUUUAAAGAACAUUCUCAUCUUUUUCUCAGUACCUGUUUGCUUCCAUUUUUUUCCUCUCACAUUCGGUCGUCAUAGGAGUGAAAAAAAAUGCAUAUGUUGAUCCCUUCACUGACACGAGCAGCAAAAAGGGAUCAGAGUUCAAUAAAAGACUCCAGAAAUGACUGCCAAGAUGGGGGGGUGGGGGGCAGAAAUUUAAACAAAUACUUGCAAGAGAGCAAGCAACAAAUAAAGUACGAAAUAUUAUGAGAAACGAAGCUAAAUGACUCAUGAAUACAAAGAUUAAAUGCAUGCUAUAAAUUUACAGCAAAUCUGCUCUUGAAACUUAAGUUUUAAAGGAUAAUGAUAAUUAUAAAGGGAAAAGCAAUGUUAAAAAAAAUAUAUAUUAAUGUUUUGUGUAAUCUUUUUAUUAUAAUUAUUUAUUAUAGUAAUGUUAUUUUGGUGAUGAACCAAACAAACAGAAUUAUGGCAAAACUGCUUUUAUUUUUUAUUCUGAGUUAUUUCUUUGUAUGUACAUGUAUUUCUUUUAUUCAUUUGUUUUUCUCAGAAUCACACGCCUUAGCCAUUUCGUUAUUUCAUUGGAUUCAUUUUAAUGUGUCGUUUUAUUUUAAAUGAAAUCUAAAGGUGCCAAAACAGAAUAAUCCUAAACUUGGAUGCAUCAAGUCCUGAUGAAUAAACAGACAAACCCAAGAGGGAACAAACUCGCUGCUCCUCUGUUUGUAAAGCAUCCAACCCCUCACACACCUGACGAGGCUUCAAGCACCAUUUAAAACAGUGGGAAAGCAGACAGUGUUGUGAGUGAGCUUGAGGCUUUCCAAAUGAGUCAGACAUGAGUAAGUAACAGUGGGGAAGCAAAGUAACAGGCCACGUAAUUACUCAUCUGUUCCAGGCUAAUCUAUAUGUGGGAAACAGUCUCAAAUAUGUAAUGUAUCCUCUGCUGUAGUAAUGCGAAGGCCCACACAAAAACUCCAAAGAAACCUCAGCAGAUUUCUGCAAAAUUUGAAUGCCCAUCAUUC